UUUGAAUUGUGGGAAAUAAAUGUCUGCGCCCAGUGUUGCUACUAAGGACUACCUUACCUAAAUGUGAUUACUGACUUUUUCAAAUUGUAAACGAAGACCUCUCAAUAAGGCAAAGUGUAGAUCGGUGUUUUGGUUAAAAACAUUAAUCUGAAGAUGUCGGAAAAUACGCAGAAGGACUCUGGAAAUGCCCUCACCGGAGCUAUUAUUUCUGAAAUGCUGGGGAAGAACUUCGAGAGACUGCCUGACUUUGAUAAGAAACUCUUCCUCUACGGACCCAUGUAUCUGGCGGGGAACGGGGCUCUUGCAGGAUUGAUAUCCAACAGCUUGUAUCGCAGAGGCCUGAAUGUCACGCAGGCACGCAUCUCCUCCAGCCUGCCACUGGCCGUGAUGCCCUUCCUGACAACAUAUGCCCUUUACAGCGGUGCAGUGACCGGCCCCCUGCUGUCCGGGGAUCUCAACUGUCCCACCUGUGCCCUGAUCCGGGGUGCACUUGUUGGUGUGGUCGGUGGUGGCCUGUACCCUAUCCUCAUGGCUCUACCUGUGAACUUUGGGCUUGCAUGCAGGUACAAUACAGCACCGAUGGCAGAGAAGGGCAACACACUCCGGUACUGGAUGGACAUCUCCAAACCGGUCCUGAGGAAAAUGAGAGCGGUGAUUCUGCUCCAAGCGGUCUUUGGCACUUACCUGGCCUCCAGGCACUUUGACACGUACAUCAAACUGGCGGAGUUAACAUUUGACCGAAAGGAAGAGGAACUCAAAAACUAACAUGUACUAAACCCAAAAAUUAAAUGCGUUUUAAGUCAUUCUCAGCACCUCUUGGUUAUAUGUGCUUAUCAAAUUCAUCAUCUCAGGUGGAAUGUGCCUGAGAUAUUUUUCCACCACAAAUUCAAUUAUGUUUCUUUUAUAAAAAUUGCCUGUAUGUCUAUAUUAUCAUUUACAUUAUAAUACAUACAUUAUGUAGUAAUUAUUAGUUUAUUUUGCAGGAUAAAAUAACUUCAUUAAAUUCCUGCAUGUGGUAUUUAUCACAUAGGCAUAUCCCAUGUAUCGCUUAUCUUAAUCGAUUAUGCGUCUUAUGUCCUUAAUAAUGUAAGCUGAAAAAAUAAAUUGACGUCAUCUUCAAAAAUGUAAUCGUCAACCAUUUUGAUAAUUGGUAAAGUCAUUAAUAAAACAUAUCUGCUGGUUUCAGUCACUCUCACUCAUACAUUUCUAUUUUCUAUUUAGUUUAACAUUUGAAAUGGCAUACUUUAGGAUAAAAGAGAAGAAAAGCCGUUCACACAGAUCUAAAAGCAAAGAAAAGGACAAUGCUGAAAAGGAUGAGAAGCAUAGCAAACACAAGGCAAAGAAAAAAGAUCAAUCUCAAAGCCGCAGUAAAAGCAAAGAGAAGAGUAAGAGGUCAAAAAGCAGAGAGAAGACAAAAGUGAUGACAGAAAAGGUCGCUCGAGGAGCAAAGACCAAAAUAAGAAAGUCUGAUCACAGUAAAGAUAGAAAUAAGAGUCAUGAGUCUGAUACAAAGCCUAAAGAGGAUGCCAAAGGUAAAAACGGUGAGAAGAUUAGGACAAAGUCACAAAGCAAGGAAAGACACAGUUCAAAAUAGGAAACAGCAAGCUUGGAAAGAAGGAAAAACGAUCAGUUAAACCAUCCAUUCUCGAAAGUCCUGUUCAUAAACUAGUUGUACUUGUAGAAAACAACUAAGAAGUGUUUUAAUGGAACCGUAGAGAUCUUUGAACACUUACCAGUGUAUUAAAGUACUUCACAUAUAUCCACCUUGGUUCUUGAAAUGACUAGAUUUAUUCAGACAGGUUUCAUAAAUCAUAGUAAUGUGGUGGGAGUGUAACGGUCUGAGAAGUGUUUAUAUUUGGAUGUUCAUUUGUGUGCCUUGCUUAUCAAUUUAUGAUUUAGUAAAUUUGAGUGUAAUUAGAGAAUUAUAAAAUGUAGAGUGUUAUCUGGAUAGCGAAAUGAAGAAUGGUUCACAUUUGGGAUGUGGUCGGUGAGUCGCAUGACCACAGUCAGGUCAGAAGGCAUUGCCAUGGCAACGCAUGCCGUUGGCAUAAUCUACAGGGUUCAAGAGGCGCACACGGUAAAUGUUUCUCUUUUGUGAUAUGUGUGUUAAUAUUUAGUGUGUGCUUUGAUUUAGCUAAUGUGUUAGGUGUUACGAUUUAAUGUAAACUUUCAACUGUUCAUUUCUUAUAGUUUACACGUUGUCUUCGGAGAAUGAGAGCGAGAGGGAGAGAAUAAACCGUAAAAAAGA